GGUUCUUUGGAGAAAGUGAAGCAAGUGAGUGAAUGAUACUCCGAUAUCACUGAGCGCGAAUUUGCAGCCGCGGGAAAAGAAGGGUACAACACUGCCGCAAGUACUCCAGAGAAGUAGACAGUAAAUGUUUCUCCUGUAUUUAGAAUAACAGACCGUCCAGAGAUGAUGGAAGUCGGCAGGAGAACUCUGGGUAGGAAGUGGAAAGGGGAAAGGCACAGGGAAGGGAGAAGAUGGAAGAUGGAAGAGGAGGAAGGAUUGGGGAGAAGCCAGACGGAGGUCAGUUGGCCCACUCCUUCAACCUCCAUGCCCUCUCAACCCCAGACUGCCCAACACACCUCUAGGAAGCUCUCAGUGAAUGAGCUGGGACGGGCUGAACACAAUGGCUAUAUGCUGAACCCUACUGUUGAACAGAACGAACAGUCUACUUGGAAGAGAGGGAAACUAUCAGACCCAAGCUUAAUGAUACUGACAAAGAGAACUACUAAAUGUUGCCUUUUCCUUAAGCCUUUGUCGGGGGUGGGGUGGCGGCAACGGCUGGGCAAGCAACCUGCCUCUCCAGUAUGACAGUCUCCCGAGAUAUACCACACCCCCUUAAAGCACCGAAAGAGAUGAUCUAAUGCUUGGUUGACCGGAAAGCUCAUCGGGGGCGAUACA